AUGGAAAGAGCCAGCCCGGCUUGCUGGAGCCAGCCCGGUGGGGCGGCAUAUAACAGGAGCUGGCAUCACAGGCUGCCAAGGCACGAGGACAACCCCUACAACUGGUCUGACGGUGAAGCCGGUCACUUGAGCGAAGUCCCUGUCACGCUGCUCGUCUGCUUCUGCGGGCUGGUGGGGAACGGGACCGUCCUCUGGUUCCUCAGCUCCCACGUCCGCAGGAACCCCGUCACCGUCUACAUCCUCAACCUGGCCGUCGCCGACUUCACCUUCCUCCUCUCCAUCGCCAUUGCCCUUGUGAUAUUGUACGGCCCAGAGAGCCUUUGUCACAGGCUGGGCUCACGGGACGUGACAACUGUGUUGAACAUCACCAUCCUUUUUACUUUCACCGCCAGCGUCUACCUCCUGACAGCCUUCAGUGCCGUGACGUCUCUGUCCGUUCUCCCCCCGUCCCGCUGCCCCUGCCACCGCUCCCAGUGCUCACCAGUGCUCGUGUGUGCCCUGCUCUGGGCCCUCUCCUUGCUGCUCACUGUGACCCUCUACUUCUGCCCUGCGGCACUCAUUUUCUUCAUCCUGAGCUGCCUCGUAUCGGUGCUCACCCUGAUUCUUUCUGGUCUGACCCUGCUUGCCAGGGUCUUGUGCUGUUCAUGGCGAUAUCCCCCAAGCAAGCUCUGUGUUGUGGUCCUGCUAGCUGUCGUCUUCUUCCCCUUCUUCACUGCUGAUUUUGGUUACUGGCUCUUGCUGAGACUGUUUGAUUUUUCUGGGUUUGUCUUCAAUGCCUCUCUCCUGUUUGCCUGUGUGAACAGCAGCAUCAACCCUUUUAUUUACUUCUUGGUUGGGAGCUGUGCAAGUAAGUUCACGCUCUCUGUUAGGGCUGCUUUCCAGAGGGCUUUUGAAGACCUAACAGAGCCCCAAAAUAAAGGCGAAACUCCCAGAGAAAACACAGUGGAAACAGCUGUUUAA